AGCUGCUUGUCUUCUUGUUACUGGAUGCAAGUCAUGUGUUAAAUACCUGUAUGUUCAGCUGAAAAGUCAGUUGCCCUUAUUCAAGCUUCUCUCAGGAAAAUCAGAGAGUCUACUGGGACCAAGAAGUGAGAAAAAAACAUCAAGCCUUGCAACAAGGAUAUUUUCACAUUGUCUGCCUGCACCCUGACAAAGGAGAGGAAUGGGCUGUAACAGAAACUGUGGGCUCCUCACUGGGGCCGUCGUCGGUGCUGUGUUGGCUAUCUUUGGAGGAGUUCUGAUACCAGUUGGAGAUAACAUUAUAGGCAAAGCAAUAAAAAAGGAAGCUGUUAUUUCAAAUGGUACCAUUGCGUUUGAAAAUUGGCUUGUGCCAGGAAGUUCUGUUUACAGACAAUUUUGGGUUUUCCAUGUCCAAAAUCCUUCAGAGGUAUUAGACCAAGGAGCACGUCCAAAACUUGAACAAAGAGGACCUUACACAUACAGUGUGAGAUAUUUACCCAAAGAAAAUAUCACGGAAAACUCUGAUGGGACAAUAUCCUACAUGUUGCCUAACGUUGCUCGCUUUGAACCUGAUAUGUCUGUUGGGACAGAAAAUGAUACCAUCACCUGCCUCAACCUUGCUGUUGUGGCUGCACCUUCCUUGUAUACAAACACUUUUAUACAACUGCUAUUAAAUACUUGGAUUAAAUCUUCUAAGUCAACCAUGCUGCAGAACAGAACAGUGAAAGAAUUACUGUGGGGAUACAAAGAUCCCUUCUUAAACAAGGUCCCCUUCCCCUUGGACCCAGUUCUGGGAGUCUUCUACCCGUAUAAUGGGACAUUCGACGGACUUUACAAAGUCUAUACUGGGAAAGAAGACAUUAAAAAAACAGCAAUGAUUGAAAGCUAUAAAAACAAAAGGUAUCAUAGCAUUGCAUAA